AUGUCGAUUAAAUCCGUCCUCAUCGCCGAUGACAUCGAGAAGGAGUGCAUCGAUGUGUUGCAGUCCAACGGGAUCAAUGUCACCGUGCAAACGAAACAGACCAAGGAGCAGCUUCUCGAAUCGCUUCCGAAACAUGAUGCGGUGAUUGUGCGAAGUGCCACUAAAAUUACCGCCGACCUUCUGAAUGCCGCCGCUGGAAAACUGAAGCUUGUCGGACGCGCUGGAACCGGAGUCGACAAUAUCGAUGUGCCAGCGGCGUCGAAGAACAAGAUUCUUGUGAUGAACACACCACAAGCCAACUCUCGUUCGGCUGCUGAGCUCACGUGCACAUUGAUUCUUUCCCUUUCUCGGCAUGUUCCACAAGCUGCCGCUUCGAUGAAGGCCGGAAAGUGGGCGAGAAAGGAUUUCAUGGGUGAGGAGGUGUUCGGAAAAACGCUGGCCGUAUUGGGACUUGGCCGAAUCGGAAGCGAGGUGGCGGUUCGCAUGCAAGCAUUCGGCAUGAGAGUCAUUGGAUUUGAUCCGGUCGUGUCCAAGGAGGCCGCCGCUGCCAAACAGAUCGAUUUGUUGAGCCUCGACGAGAUCUGGCCACAAGCGGAUUACAUUACCGUGCACGUUCCGCUCAUCAAGCAGACUGAGAAUCUGAUCAACAGAGAGACGUUGGCCAAGUGCAAGAAGGGCGUCAGAAUCAUCAACGUCGCGCGCGGAGGAAUCGUCAACGAGCAAGACCUUCUUGAGAGCCUUAACGCCGGUCACGCCAAGGGCGCUGCUCUCGACGUGUUCACCCAAGAGCCGCCGGCCGAGCGCGGAAUCGUCGACCAUCCAUUGGUGAUUUGCACGCCACAUCUCGGCGCUUCUACCAUCGACGCGCAACUUCGUGUGGCUUCGGAGAUUGCUGAGAAUAUUGUGCAAUUCAACAAGGGCACUGUUUUGGGUGUCCUCAACGCCAAAGAAGUCCUUUAA